AUGGCACCGUCCAUGCUCGAGCCAACUACCGCCAAUAAUGACGGGGCCUUGUCAUUGCACUCUCUCACUGCAGAAUACGAUGAUACACUUCGCUUCUACCUCAAUGGGACAAAGGUCCAAUUGGACGCCGUCGAUCCUGAGAUUACACUGCUAGAAUAUCUGAGAGGCAUAGGUUUGACUGGCACAAAAUUAGGAUGCGCAGAAGGUGGAUGCGGGGCUUGCACAGUCGUUGUAUCGCAGUUGAAUCCUACAACUGGCAAGAUAUACCAUGCCUCAAUAAAUGCCUGUCUGGCUCCUCUGGUCAGUGUCGAUGGAAAGCAUGUGAUAACUGUCGAGGGCAUUGGCAAUGCUAAAAGCCCGCAUCCUGCACAACAACGCAUCGCUAUGGCCAGUGGAAGCCAAUGUGGAUUCUGUACACCUGGGAUUGUCAUGAGCCUCUACGCUCUGUUGAGGAAUACUGGGCCUGACGCGAGCGAGACCGAGGUGGAAGAAGCCUUCGAUGGCAACUUAUGUCGUUGCACUGGUUACAGACCUAUCUUGGAUGCAGCUCAAAGCUUCAACAAAUCGUGUGGCAAAUCACUUGCUAAUGGCGGAUCGGGUUGCUGUAUGGAGAAUGGUGGUGGAUGUAAUGGAGCAAAUGGCGUUGCGGAUACUACUGCAGAGAAGAAAUUCACACCUCCAGCAUUUAUUCACUACGACAAGUCCACGGAGUUGAUUCAUCCUCCUGCUCUAAACAAGCAUCAAUUCAGACCUCUGGCUUUCGGAAAUAAGAGAAAGAAAUGGUAUCGUCCGGUCACUCUUCAGCAACUCUUGGAGAUCAAGCAUGCUCAUCCAGGUGCGAAAUUGAUCGGCGGUAGCACUGAAACCCAGAUCGAGGUCAAGUUCAAGGCAAUGCAAUAUCCUGCCUCGGUAUACGUUGGUGAUAUUGCGGAGUUGCGUAAAUAUUCUUUGCAUGAUGACUAUCUGGAGAUCGGCGGCAAUGUGGCGCUGACUGACCUCGAAAACAUCUGUGAUGAAGCUGUUGAGCACUAUGGCCCAGCGCAAUCUCAGCCAUUCGUUGCUAUCAAAAAGGCGAUCAGAUAUUUCGCUGGUCGACAAAUUCGUAAUGUUGGCACUCCAGCUGGCAAUCUCGCAACGGCAUCCCCGAUCUCUGAUCUCAAUCCGGUAUUUGUUGCUACAAACUCGACCCUGAUAACCAAAUCGCUGAAAAAAACGACUGAAAUUCCUAUGUCAGGCUUCUUCAAGCGCUAUCGGGUCACAGCAUUGCCCGAAGAUGCCAUCAUCGCCGCAAUGAGAAUACCAAUCGCCAGCGAAAAAGGUGAAUACGUGAGAAGUUACAAGCAGUCAAAGAGGAAAGAUGACGACAUAGCCAUCGUUAACGCCUGCCUGAGAGUUGCUCUCAACGAUUCUUACAAAGUAAAAGACGCAAAUCUAGUUUACGGUGGCAUGGCUCCUACCACCAUCCAGGCAAAGAAUGCCACCGAAUACAUUGUUGGAAAGACAUUUACCGACCCCCAGACGCUUGAGGGAGUUAUGAAUGCUCUGGAGAAGGAUUUCGAUUUACCAUUUGGCGUACCUGGUGGCAUGGCAACGUACAGAAAAUCCCUUGCUAUCGGAUUUUUCUACCGCUUCUACCAGGAUGUUCUGCUGAGUAUCGAAAAAACCAGUCAAGCCGCUGACAAAGGAGUCAUCGAGGAGAUUGAGAGGCAGAUUUCUAGUGGAAACAAGGAUCUCGAGAGCUCUGUUGCCUAUUCCCAGAAUAUCCUAGGAAAAGCAAACCCUCAUGUUGCAGCCUUGAAGCAAUGUACAGGUGAAGCUCAGUACACGGAUGAUAUCCCUCUCCAAAAGAAUGAACUUUACGGAUGUCUAGUUCUAUCCUCAAAGGCUCAUGCAAAGCUGCUCAGUGUUGAUGCCAGUCCUGCACUAGAGCUGCCGGGUGUAGUCAAUUGGGUUGAUAGGAAUGACGUUAGCAAGGAAGGCAAUUGGUGGGGUGCUCCUGUCUGUGAUGAAGUCUUCUUUGCCGAAGAUGAAGUUUUCACAGCUGGUCAACCUAUCGGAAUGGUCUUAGCCAGCACAGCCACCCAAGCUGAAGCUGGGGCACGAGCGGUUCUCGUCGAGUAUCAAGAACUACCUGCAAUUUACACAAUCGAGGAAGCUAUCGAGAAGCAAAGCUUUUUCGAGCAUUAUCGGUACAUCCGAAAAGGAGAUGUAGAAGAGGCGUUCAAGGACUGUGACCACGUGAUCGAAGGCACGACACGAAUGGGUGGCCAAGAGCACUUCUAUCUUGAGACCAAUGCUGCGUUAGCGAUCCCCAAGCCUGAAGAUGGCGAGAUGGAAAUCUGGAGCAGUACUCAAAAUCCCACAGAGACGCAGGCAUAUGUGGCGAAAGCACUCGGUGUGCAAUCCAACAAGAUCGUGUCCAAAGUCAAACGACUCGGUGGUGGGUUUGGUGGCAAGGAGACGAGAUCGAUCCAGCUAUCAACAAUCUGCGCAAUCGCGGCCAACAAAGUUCGUCGUCCAGUUCGAUGCAUGCUGAACCGAGAUGAAGACAUCAUGACAUCCGGCCAACGCCAUCCUUUCCUAGGUAUCUGGAAAGUUGGCGUCAACAAAGACGGCAAACUCAAGGCUCUCAAGGCCAACCUCUUCAACAAUGCUGGUUGGUCGCAGGAUCUCUCUGCAGCAGUCGUUGACCGUGCUCUAUCCCACAUUGACGGAUGCUACAAUAUCCCCAAUGUGGACGUCGAUGGCCGGUUGUGUAAGACCAACACUGUUUCCAACAGUGCGUUCCGUGGCUUUGGUGGGCCACAAGGCAUGUUCAUUGGCGAAUCCAUCGUGGAAGAGGUUGCGGACCAUAUCAACAUCCCCGUGGAGAAACUUCGUGAAAUCAAUUUCUACAAGGCUGGCGAGGAAACCCACUUCCAUCAAGCCCUGGAAGACUGGUACGUCCCCUUGAUGUACAAACAGGUGCAAGAAUCUUCCGACUACGCCGCUCGCCGGAAGGCAGUCGAUGAAUUCAACGCGACGCACAAAUGGCAGAAGAAAGGGCUGUCAAUCAUCCCGACCAAGUUCGGUAUCUCCUUCACAGCCCUCUUCCUCAACCAAGCCGGUGCCCUUGUGCAUGUCUAUCACGACGGCUCUAUAUUAGUCGCACACGGCGGAACCGAAAUGGGACAAGGGCUACACACCAAGAUCUGCAUGAUUGUGGCGGAAGCGCUCCAAGUGCCUCUAUCCGACGUGCACAUCUCGGAGACAGCAACCAACACCGUGGCCAACACUUCCUCCACCGCGGCAUCAGCCUCGUCCGACCUCAACGGCUACGCAGCGUUCAAUGCAUGCAAGCAGAUUAACGAACGCCUGGCCCCUUACCGAGAGAAACUCGGACCGAAGGCCACGAUGAAACAGCUAGCACACGCAGCAUACUUCGACCGAGUCAAUCUCUCCGCCAACGGAUUCUACCGCACCCCAGAGAUCGGCUAUGUCUGGGGACCCAACCCAUCGGAUCCAUCGCAGGAGAACACCGGCAAGAUGUUCUUCUACUUCACGCAGGGUGUGACAGCCAGCGAAGUGCUGAUCGACACGCUGACGGGCGACUGGACGUGCCUGCGCAGCGACAUCAAGAUGGACGUCGGCCACUCCAUCAACCCGGCCAUCGACUACGGCCAGAUCGAGGGUGCCUAUGUGCAGGGCCAAGGCCUCUUCACAACGGAGGAAUCCCUCUGGCACCGUGCAUCCGGCCAGAUCUUCACACGGGGCCCCGGCGCGUACAAGAUCCCCGGGUUCCGCGACAUCCCACAGGUGAUGAACGUGAGUCUGCUGAAAGACGUUGAGUGGAAGAACCUGCGUACCAUUCAGCGCUCGCGCGGCGUCGGCGAGCCGCCGCUUUUCAUGGGCAGCGCCGUUUUCUUCGCCAUCAGGGAUGCUUUGAAGGCCGCGAGGAAGCAGUACGGUGAGACACAGGUCCUCAGCCUCAGGUCCCCUGCUACGCCCGAGCGCAUCAGGAUCAGUUGUGCCGAUCCCAUCCUCAAGAGGUCGCUGGUAGAGCCGAAGGACGGCGAGAAGAGUUUCUUCAUCAGUAUCUGA